CAAUGGUCCAAAAGGACGGCUCUAGUGGCGAGAUAGAGAAGAGAGGACCGCUUCAGAGAGCGUGAUCAAGGAAAGAUCAAAUCACAUUCUACUAUACUAUUCACAUCAACCAUACCCUUAUCCUACGCCUCUCUUACCAUAACUCCUUUUAACGUACGCACAUUUUUUUUUUCCAAAGUACGAAAUAGAAAGAGACCGCAAGAGAGUGUUCUUACAAGUACAAGGCUUUGCCCCUGAAACAAAUCUUUGGCUCUCUCUCUUCUCUCUCUCUGGGUAUAUAAUAGAAAAACAAAUGAUGUUCCAUGUCUUCUGUGUCUGCUUCAUGCAACAUGUUGGUUUGGAUUUGGUUACAAAACAUUUAAUCUAAGCAUUUUAGGAUAAGGUUUUUCGGAUUUUCUCCCUCUCUAGUAAUAGUUUCUUGUCGGAGAGUAGUAGGAAAAAAAUAAAGAUUAUAUAUUUAUUUAUUUUCACUUUAGAGAGAAAAAAAGUAAAACAAUGGCGAAUCCUUGGUGGGUAGAGAGUCCAGUGACGUCAUCAGCUCCUUCUUUGCACCACGGAGGCAACAACAACCCUACUAUGACCCGGUCGGAUCCAAGAUUGGACCAUGACUUCAGUGGAAGCCCCAACACUCAGCCACAGAACAGCCAAGAGGAGCAAACCAGCAGAGACGAGCUAGCCCUGGUGGAGCCCGGAUCCGGGUCCACGGGUCGGCGUCCGAGAGGCAGACCUCCUGGUUCCAAGAACAAGCCCAAGAACCCAGUGGUUGUCACCAAAGAAAGCCCUAACUCUUUACAAAGCCACGUCCUGGAGAUAGCCACGGGUGCUGACGUGGCGGAAAGUCUAAACGCGUUUGCUCGUAGACGCGGGAGAGGCGUUUCCGUUCUGAGCGGGAGCGGUUUGGUCACUAAUGUUACUCUGCGUCAGCCUGCUGCCUCUGGAGGUGUUGUGUCUCUUCGUGGUCAGUUUGAGAUCUUGUCUAUGUGCGGUGCGUUUCUUCCAACUUCUGGCUCUCCUGCUGCAGCCGCGGGUUUGACUAUUUACUUAGCUGGAGCUCAGGGUCAAGUCGUGGGAGGUGGAGUAGCUGGACCGCUUAUUGCGUCUGGACCGGUUAUUGUAAUAGCUGCGACGUUUUGUAACGCUACUUUUGAGAGGUUACCGAUAGAAGAUGAGCAGCCACAAGAGCAGCAGCAACCACAAGUAGAAGAAGCUAAGAAGGAGAAUGAUGAAAAUGAGAGUGGGAAUGAUGGUAAUGAUGGGUCGAUGCAAGGGCAGCAGAUGUAUAAUAUGGGUUCUAGUUUUGUACCAAAUGGUCAUCAAAUGGGUCAGCAAGAUGUGUUUUGGGGUGCUCCUCCGCCUCGUGGUGGUCCUCCUUCGUAUUGAUAGUUAGAUAGGCCGGUGGUGGCUGGAGAAGUUCUUUUAACUGGAAUGAUUACAUGGUUAGGCUUUUGUUUAUUAAGCUUUUGAAAAAUUUCAUCUUGUGCGGUUUAUGACAUUUUAGCUAGUGUUUGUUUGUUUGGUUUGUGGUGGUGAUUACUGCUUUUUUUUCUGACUGGUUAUUUUGAUCGGCGGAUAGCUUUUUUUAUGAAUGUUAAACUGAUGGUAGGAUGGCCUUUGAGCUUUGAUGUGCUUCUUCUUUCAUUAUGAUGUGGAAAAACCUGAGCAUUUGUCUUAAAGAGAAAUGGUGUGUGGUUGUUAUUGGUCUUUUGGCGCUUCUUAAGCCCGUUUAUAUCUUGAUGCACUUAUUAGUUUUGUUUUGGUGUGUGUAGCUCUAUUGUUUUGUUCUUCUUAAGCUUGUGAUACGGUAACGAGUUAUCAAGGUAGGCG